AUGUCUUUCAAUACCGAUAUUUCAUCAAAACUGGAAAACAGCAGGAACAGCUUGCGAAAAAUUGCUAGAAAUGAUAACACUGAGUUCUCUAAGGAAAGCAUCCUCCACGAAAUGGAGAAAUUCGUGAAAAUGGUCAAUACCAUGGACGAUACAGUACUUGUGCCCAGUCGGUUGAUGAACCUACCACAGGAGGGUGAUGAUGACCCAUUCAGUCUCUUUUCCAUGCUGAAUGACCUGAAGACUGAGCUGCUCUGGGCGGGAGCUGAACCUGAAGAGCAGAGUGAUCGUGGAAGAAGAGUGUCAGACAUGAGUGACACUGACAGCGAAACAUCAAGUGCUGCUGGCGACUCUGGCAUUGAAGGUGAGGAUGAAAGAGAGUCAGCUGCUCGCGCCGCUGAAGACUGUCGGCGCCAUCUUAGAGGCCUGCGCCGCUGCCUUCGCCUACUGACCGCCUCAGCUACACAUCUCACGAGGUCUUAUCAAGAAGAAGUGGGAGCCCCGGUUUAA